ACACUGUUUGACCCUGUUAGUCGUGUUUCCGAAUUCCGUCUGUCUCGUACGGGGAGAAAUACAAAAAGAAGACCAGGCAUAGGUACAUAUCGUCCGCAACAACGCCACGCAACAAUGGUGUUGAACUUUAACGUUUUUAAAAAAUCAUCGGCCGACGGUAAACUAAUUCUGUACCUGAGCAAACGAAACAUCGUUGACCAUAUAACGUUCGUCGACCCUGUCGAUGGUGUCGUUUUGUUGGAUAAUUCUUAUUUGAAAAACAGUAAAAUUUUCGGACAAAUAGUGUGCAGUUUCCGUUAUGGUCGAAAAGACGAUGAGAUGAUGGGAUUGUGUUUUCAAAAAGAUAUGUACUUGGCUUCGGCGCAAAUUUAUCCUCCUCGUGAUAACGACGAUACAUUUAAACCCUCUAAGAUUCAGGACUGUUUGAUAUCUAAAUUAGGAAGUAACGCCAUGCCAUUCCGUCUUAAAGUGCCUGAGAACGCACCGGCAUCGGUUAUUCUGCAAGAUGGAACAACGAGUCUGGCUGACGCGUGUGGCGUGCAGUACUAUGUGAAAAUAUUCGCCGGCGAAUCUGAAACUGAUCAUAAUCGAGCGAAGAGUUCCGUGGCUAUGCGUAUACGUAAAAUCCAGUUUGCUCCGGUCAUGCGUCCCUUGAGUAGACAUCCUUGCACUAUCGUCCGCAAAGACUUCAUGUUCAGUCCCGGCCAACUGGAACUGGAAGCUGUACUCGACAAACAGGUUUACACACACGGCGAGAACGUGCUAGUGACGAUAUGCAUACGCAACAACAGCAAUAAAAUGGUGAAAAAAAUCAAAUUAAUGAUGCAACAAAUCGUGGACAUUGUCAUAUUCCAAAACGGACAGUGCCGGACCGCUUUAACCGCCGCCGAAACCCAAGAAGGCUGUCCAAUACUGCCGGGCUCAUCUUUGCAGAAAACCGUCGUCAUGACGCCGACUUUGGAGAACGUUAAAGGGAGGUACGGCGUCGCUCUGGAGGAUCAGUUCAACGACAAACAAGAACCUGCGUUGGCGUCGUCCGUUCUAAUAUCGAGUUCUGACAUCAAAGACGUGUUCGGUAUUAUCGUAUCGUAUUCGGUCAAGGUCAAGCUGUACUUGGGCGCGCUGGGCGGCGAGCUAACAGCCGAAUUGCCGUUCCUCAUCAUGCACUCAAAACCGGAAAAGAAAACCACACAUAGUAUUACAGCUUCAUAAUCUAAUGAUUAACAUACACGAUUAUACAAAGGAGUUUCUAGUCGGUACUAUUGUAGUUGUUAACAUUUGAUAUUUUAUAAUAAUAUAUUAUGUACAGCGAUGGUUUAUCUAUGUAAAUUAUAAUUUUUUUUUGAAAUUACAUGUACAACUCAUCAUAUUGUCAUAAUUGCUAUAAUCAUCGAUUGAUAGUAAUU